GCAGUACAAGUAAGCUAACAUCUAACUUUUAGGAAAUGCUAUUCUUCCUAAUAGGUCUGCUCGGCGGUUGCUGGGUAGCACAAGGAGAGAACAUGAAAGACCAGGUCGAUGAAGAGAUCUUCAGACAAAGAAUGAAAAGACAGAUAAUUGACGGAGUGAACGUCAGAGAACUCUACAAAGGUACCGUUGUUCACUACAAAGACCCUGAUUUCGAGGCUGGUAAGAAAAGUUAUCUCGAUGCCUCUGCAACCGACCUCCUGAAAGAUAAAAAUCACUUCCGUGCUUUUAAGAAGAAUGCUAAAUUGGUCUUGGAUCACAACUUGGAAAGUAAUCUUGAGUGGGUUGCAACUAUCAACCAAUUUUCUUUGGAAACAGACGAAGAGUUCAGCCACCAUUUAGGUGGGAACUUGACACGGCCGGUGGAUGAAGAGAUCUCUAGCUCUCCAAGAAAGAAAAGACAAGUAGAUUUAGUAGUUGACAGAUCCGUGAUAGAAGAACUUGAAGCUAGAGACGUAGAUUACACGCCAUACCUCCCUCCCGUUAAGAACCAAGGGGCCUGUGGUUCAUGCUGGGCAUUCACAGCGACGGCAACACUUGAGUACCAGGUAAACAAAGACCGAACAGUCGGAGAAGAGAUGGUGGCUCUGUCGGAGCAGCAGUGUGUAGACUGCGCCCGUCAUGGUAAUGGGUGCGGGGGUGGUUGGCCUACUAGCGUUUACACGUGGGUACAUAAUCAUUACAGCCAUUUUCCUUCGACUUACAACUACCCGUAUGAAGCAGAAAAUUCCUUGGAAUGUAGAAACAAUGACUACAAAAAUGCGAUAUCGGGGUUUACAAUCUAUGAAGUAAGUGGAGAAUACAUACUUACUGGUAAUGAUGAAGACCUUCUCGUUGCAGUGGGUAACAGCAAAAUAGGCGUAAUAUCUACUUGCAUCCAAUUGGCAUCUGAUUUCACUUCUUACAGCGAAGGUGUAUACUCAAGCGAUGAUUGCAACGAUGGCGGUUCUGGCCACUGUGUGACCAUAGUAGGGUAUGGAAAAUUGAACGGUGUCCCGUUCUGGAGGUUGCGGAACAGUUGGGGGCCAACAUGGGGGGACGGGGGACACAUCAACAUGAAACGUGGAGUAAACGGUCACAGCUUGAACAUGUGCCAGGUUGCUAGUGAUGCUCAUUACCCGUACAUUGAGGGGAGUGAUGAUGGACAAGGCAGUGGUACUGAAAGUGAAGCAAUACGGUUGGAUUGUGGGGACGGCAAGCAAUUGGAAUACAGGGGAGUCAUCAAUACAACUAUUUCUGGGAGGGACUGUCAGAGAUGGGACUCCCAAGAACCUCACUCGCACACCGCAAAACCAGAAUUGCAUCAAUACAAGGGUCUUGAGGAGAACUACUGCAGGAAUCCAGACAAUGACGAAAGAGCCUGGUGUUACACAACGGAUUCUUCAGAACGAUGGGAAUACUGCAACGUUCCAGACUGUUCACUUGAAAAAUGGUGUGAGCUCUUGGACUUUGAAUACUCAGACAGACUACCAGGCAGCCAGGAGUAUAAGACUAAGUAUGAAGAUUUGAACAGUGCUAAAAGCAACUGUUACUCAAAUCCACUUUGCACCGGAAUCUCAACAUCCUCCGAUGGUGCAUUCACAUUGAUGGCAGGAGAUCUCUCAUUUAAUAAGGGAAGUCAUGUGUACAGCAAGGGACUUUGCAAACAGUUCACUCCCCCUCCUAUCGGGGAAUACUGCGAGAUGGACAAUGUGAAAUUGAUAAGCAAGAUCGCGAUGGCAACAGCUAUCACACAACUGGAAGCUCAACAGAUGUGCGACUUCCAUGAAGAACUAUGCGUGGGCGUGUCGGGGAGUGAUGAACUUGGCUACAGCCUCCACAAGAACAAGGCAUCUAGGGAAGACACUGCACAAACCACUUGGUUGAAAGGUGACUGUCCAGAUCUGACCAAGUGCGGGUAUGGGGAUCAGGGAGACUAUCGGGGGAACAUCAGUGUAACAGCAGAUGGGAAGACCUGUCAGCGGUGGGACUCCCAGACACCUCAUUCUCACGACAGAACCCCUGAGGAAUACCCUGGUUAUGGCUUGGAGGAAAAUUACUGCCGAAAUCCAGAUGGAGAUCCUACAGCUUGGUGUUACACGAUGGACGCGAAGAGAUAUGCUGAAUGUGAUGUCCCAACCUGUGACGAGUAGAUCGCAGUAAUGAUCGCAAAAAGGCUGAAGCAUGCUCAAGUUUUACGCAGACUUAGACUUUUGAACUGAAUUUACAAUACAAAUUUCAAAAUUAUAGUUGUAGUGAUAUGAAAUAU